UACAUGAUUCUGUUGCUUCUGCCUGUUUCCAUCACCUCCUUUUGUUUCUUUCUUCUCUUCUCCUUAGAGCCCUGGGUGAUUUAAAGCGUUGGUCUUGUAAGGCUAAACCAAACCAAGUAACUAGUGAGAUGAUGAUGUAUGGGAGUGCAAGUAGAAGCAGAUAUCCCUUCACAGAAUCCCAAUGGCAAGAGCUGGAGCACCAGGCCCUCAUCUUCAAAUACUUAGUCUCAGGCAUCCCCAUACCAAAUGAUCUCAUCCUUCCCAUCAGGAGAAGCCUCCUGUUGGAUUCCCCAACACUGUGCUUUCCUCAUCUUCCUUCAGUGGCAGCUGGCUGGGGAUGCUUCCAGAUGGGUUGUGGGAGAAAGGUAGAGGACCCAGAGCCAGGGAGGUGCAGGAGAACCGACGGGAAGAAGUGGAGGUGCUCCAAAGAGGCCUGCCCAGAUUCUAAGUAUUGUGAGAAGCACAUGCACAGAGGCAAAAGAAGUUCAAGAAAGCAUGUGGACUUGUCUCUGGCCUCCAACCCAACAUCUUCCCGGCUGUCCUUUCCAUAUUCCCCUCUUCUUUCCUUGUCACCACCUGAGGCCCACCAUGUUCUUUUCCCCUCUUCAUCCUCUUCAGAAUCUCCUAGUAUGGGCUUCUCACCCCAGUAUAAUAUUCCCUAUUCUCAUUUAGAUACUGUGUCCCUCUCAGCUGAUAGAAGUAACAGGGAGCUUUGUGCACUCAAGGAGGAUGUAAAUGAAUACAACUUCUUCUCGGAAGACUCUGGGGCACAAAGGGAGGGGAAGUUCACGCCACUGGGGUUGAGCUCCAUGGGUGAGACUCAACAGAGCUCUGAUCAAAAUCUGAUCACUAACUUCGCAAUUGCUUUGGCUUCUGAGGACGACAAGGUUGUGGAGUCGGAGGAGGACUCCCGAAAGCCAGGUCCUUUCGACUGUUUCUUUAAUGAGUGGCCGCAGAGAAGCAAAGGAGCAUGGAUAAGUUUGGAGGAAAACGAGUCGAAACGAGCAUCCUAUUCGAACACCCAGCUCUCGAUUUCCAGUUCCCAGUAUCACAAUGAUGAUUGAAUUAUGAAGACGAGCUUACUUUCCAAGAGAAGUGAUCGAAGGUUCAUGGAACGCUGUCAAAUUGUUGUCAAUAUGUUUGAGCUCUCCAUCCUCUUUCUUUUCCCGUGGUCUUGUUGGUGUUGUUUCUUUUUUGUUGUAAGUUGUCGGUCUAGUUUCAAUAAAUGAGAAGAAGCGCUUGAUCUUAU